AUGCCGACACGCGACAAGGUCACCUUCAACAUUCCCUGUCUCCGUAGAAAGAGAGCAACGCCUGAACCAGACGUAAAGCCUCAGCCCAGGUCUGAGUUCGGCAUGGAUGAGUCUUCAGGCCGUGGCCAUCGGGAGAAAAAACCUAGCGAAAAGCUCAAGGAACAGGUUACGGCCAAGGUUGACCGGCUUGACGACGAGAAACCUGUUGCCCUUCCCACUUACAUUGCGCCCAACGAUCCCAAAUUUCUCCAAGACCAGAAGGAGGUUCCAAAAUUCUUUGACCACUCCAAAACUGCCCCGAACGGUGACAAGACCGACUUCUACACGCUCGGAACACACGUCGAGAGUAAGGAGAAACGUUACUACAUUCGUGCGAAGCGAGAUCCUACCACCUUUUAUUUCCACGCCGACGAGCCUCCUCCGCGUUACGCCCGCCUGAGCGACGAGAAUCACCCCCAAUGUGGCGUCGAGAGUCUCAAGAAUGUCUUCACCAAGGACAUGCUGGGCAAGAGUGGGGAGUUCGGUAGCUACACCACGAGAGCCAAUGUCUUUGCUCGGGAAGGGCAAUUUUUCUUCGAAGCCAAAGUCAUCAGCAUUGCUCCGCCAGGUCGAGAGGCCCCAGAUCGCGCGCUUGCGGACACCCAGAACUCCGACAGAACAUCAACGAGCCGAGGUGGCCUGAGAGUGGGCUUCUGCAGACGUGAACACCACUGGAGUGAGAAUUUGGGAGGCAAUGCCUACUCGUAUGCCGUUAUUUUGAGGAGCGGAAGAUCUAAAGAGUAUGGCAGCGUGCGGUUCAACACAAUGAUGUACCAUAUGCAGGGUGAAGAUGCACAAGAUCCCGACGACUUGUCUCCAGGUGAUGUUGUAGGGCUCAUGAUCACAUUGCCGCCGCUGGAGGUACACCAAAAGGUCGUCGAGGGCACGUACAACCCGGCUGAGUACCCGCAUCUCAGAUGCGGUCCGGCGGUCAUGAAGAAAAAACAAGGCGCGGGGAAAAAGUCUGCUAAGAGCGGACCAAAAUCCAAGGAUGGCGACGUGGCUAAGAGCAAGGACGAGUCUGUCAGACCGCACAACGCUCGAGCUGCUAUCCGGUCCGCCUUGACACCGAUGUUGGGGUGCACCGCGCCCUCGGAUCACGACAUCAUCCGCGACCGCAAUCCAUUCCUCCACAAGGGUAUGACCUACUUCGAAUGUCCAGAAUACACGCCCAACCACGACCUCAGCCGGCCCACGUUGAACACAAAGAACAAGUCCGUCAAUCCUGAAACCGGCAAAAAGUACGAUCUCCUCACCGAGCCCCAUCCCAACCACGACCUACCUCACCUGCGCACCCUUCCUGGCAGUAAGAUUGAACUUUGGGUAAAUGGGAAAUACCAUGGCGUGGUCUGGGAACAUCUCUUCGCGUUCCUCCCACCAGCUUCUUAUAUCGAGAAGGGCUCCAGAGCCGUCACUGGGGGCCAUGGCGACGUGGAUGAUGGCUUGCUAGGAUACUAUCCAGCGAUUAGUCACUACACUGGCGGAGCGAUUGAGUGCAAGUUCGAUGGGCCCUGGUGGUACGGCUAUGAGAAGGACGGCCCUGCACACCCCGACGCCCGCCCAAUCGGUGAGCGGUACCAAGAACAGAUCGUUGAAGACAUGGUCAACGACCUCGUCGAUGAGAUUUACCAGGAGAAGCUUUACAAGGACCGGGAUUGGAUGAAGAAGCGGGUCUUGGAUGCGCCUGUCAGUCUUUCGCACAACUGA